UCAGACACCCAUAGGGGGGGGGUUUGAGAGAUGUAGCUGCGUCUGAAGGUUGUGAGAGAUAUGUGGAAACGGAAAGUCCCUGCUGGAAAUCCCCUUGCCCGACGUUACAUUAACUCAAUUAUGUGAUCUAUCUUUGACAACCUAGCUAUACAGUGAACACAUCAACAUAGGAUUGAUUGUGAACUAGGCUGAAUGGCGCCGUGGACAGCUGCGGUUCCCCUGAUUGAAGUGGCAGAGGAGUACCCUGAGCAUCCUUAGGGCUUUGUUGGUAGUCGUACUACCGACAUAUUGCACAGUUCUGCAUUGGUACUCGUUACGUCUGGUGAACACCAUGUCCCAGGGACAGAAUUUUCUGCCCAAGUUCCUCUUUGUAAGUAACCUGCUGAAAGCGGUUAAGAUCCGGGAGCGGGUCCCCAAUGAUGUGGUGAAGCCUGCAACCAGCGGUGGCCUGAUGCACCACCUGCGGGGCAUGCACCGCUACACCCUGGAGAUGAUCCGCAUGAGCCAGUUCCCCCAGGCCUUCCAGCAGGUCAUCCAGGCGGCCAUCUUGGACAGGGCCAUGCAGAGCUCCUUAGAGCAGGAGAAGAAGCUCAACUGGUGCCGUGAGGUCAAGAAGAUGGUACCACUGAGAACCAAUGGAGAUGGGAACUGUCUUCUCCAUGCCGCCUCUCAGUACAUGUUAGGGGUUCAGGACACAGACCUGGUUCUGAGGAAGGCCCUGCAUGGAGUGCUGAAGGAAACGGACACGGGCAACUUCAGAGCCCGUUUCCAGACGGAGCUGCUGCAGUCUCAGGAGUUCACCCAGACAGGCCUGCGCUACAGCACCAUGAAUUGGGAAGAGGAGUGGGAAAAGAUUAUUAAGAUGGCGUCCCCUGUAUCCAGUAGCAACGGGCUGCAGUUUGAUUCUCUGGAGGACAUCCACAUCUUCGUCCUCUCCAACAUUCUCCGCAGGCCCAUCAUCGUCAUAGCAGACCAGGUUCUUCGCAGCAUGAAGUCCGGCUCUUCAUUCUCCCCCCUAAACGUGGGGGGCAUCUACCUGCCUCUACACUGGCCCCCAGGGGAGUGCUACAAGUAUCCCAUAGUGCUGGGCUAUGACUCCCAACAUUUUGCCCCCCUCAUCACUAUCAAAGAUAGUGGCCCAGAGAUUCGAGCGGUGCCGCUCAUCAACCCGGGCCGUGUGGGUUUCGAGGAGCUUAAGGUGCACUUCCUGAUGGAGAAGGAGCAGGCGCAGAGGGACCGGCUGCUGAAGGACUACCUGAUGCUGAUGGAGAUCCCCGUCAUCGGACUGGGCUACGACACCACGCGCAUCAUCAACGCUGCCAGGCUGGACGAAGGUAACCUGCCUGAGGACAUGAACCUGAUGGAGGACUACCUGCAGCUCGUCAACCAUGAGUACAAGCGCUGGCAGGAGGACAAGGACCAGUUGUGGGCGUCGCAGCCCCAGAGGCCGCCCCCGUUCUCCGUGUCCCAGCUGUCGCUCAUCGAGAUUCGCUGCGCCACGCCGCGCUGCACCUUCUACGUCUCCGUGGACACCCAGCCCCACUGCCACGAGUGCUUUGAGAAACGCCAGGGUCAGCCCGACGGGAGGACGGACGCCGCCCCGACGAAAGGCGGCGGACAGGCUUGCGAGCCGGAGUGCGGCAGGGUACGGGCGAGCCCCCCCGGCUGCCGGGCGGUGUUGUCCAGCCCGCGCUCCGUCCCGGCGCCGCCCACGGCGCCCAGUCUCAGCCUGUACAGCGAGACCCACGCCAUGAAGUGCAAGACGCCCGGCUGCCUUUUCACCCUCAGCGUGGAGCACGACGGGCUGUGCGAACGUUGCUUCAACGCCCGGCAGAAUGUGCCUGCCCCCACAGCCACCGCUGGACCCUCGGGACUCCCGGCAGGGAACCCCCAGGGCCUUCCGCCUCCCACCCACCCCGGCUGGCCACAGUGGGGGACCGGACGGGAGCAAGAGACGGAGAGGUGUGGCGUGUGCCACCAGGAGGCGUUCAGGAUAUUUAACGGACUGUGCCCCCCGUGCCUGCAGAGGACUGCCACGGAGAGAGGGGAGGAGGCCCAGCCUCCAACGGCAGCCAGGAUAGAAGCCUCCUCGGGGUCAUUGUGGACCCAGCCCCAGCCCAGGGACGCCGAGCGGACGGGCACCUCGGCACUCAACGGCCACACAUCAGGCGUCACCUGGCAGGUGCCCCCGGGUCGGCCCUGUAAGAGGUCUGGGUGCCAGUUCUACGGGACGCAACAGAAGCUGGGCUUCUGCACGAUCUGCUAUGUCGACUAUCAGACUAAUCACUCGGCAACCCCUCCUCCCCCUGAACCCCCCGCUCCGGUCCAGAGUCACCACGUGUCGGAGGCAGGCUUCCAGAAUGCAGCGCGCUGUCGGGGCCCGGGUUGCGGUGCCAUGGGCAAGGCAAUGCUGGAGGGCUACUGCAACAAGUGCUAUUUGAAGGAGCAAAGCGCCAGGCUCAACCUAGCUACGGCCAGACCGCCGAGCCCUCCCCUCGUCACGCGAACCGCUAAACCAGCAAGAGACAGAACCAGACAGAACCAGACGCAGACCCAUACCCAGACGACGUGCAGGCGGAGUGGCUGCAGCAACAUCUCGCCCGGGUGCACGGACCUGUGUCCGGAGUGCCACACACGGGACACCAGGGGGCAGAGGGAGAAUCGCAGGGAGAGGGCAGGGGCGCCAAAGGAGAAGACGAAGCAGCGCUGUAAAACCCAAGGCUGUGACCACUAUGCCAACCAAGAGAAGCAAGGCUACUGCAACGAAUGUGACCACUUUAAGCAGAUAUACAGGGGUUAAGCCUUAAGGUUUUGGGGGGAACAAAAUGGUUGUGCCACCAUUCUAGUCAAUGCAUCUCUGAAACUAGUGACCUUACGGCCAAAAAGCCUAUUUUAACAUGUGCUCGUGACGAGUGGGGGCAGUAGAAAAUGCCUGCAGAAUACCUCUUAGUGCAAUUAUUGUUAUUAUUAUUUACUCGUGUACAGGACGAGAGGUGAGGUAUAUGUGAUAACAUGUAUACAGUAUGUAUUAUAGUACAUAAUGUAUCAUGCUGGACUACUGAUUGUAUCUUUAAAAAAA